AUGAGUGAUAUACAUCUGAUAUCAGGUUAUAAAGGAAAUUCUGUUACAGGAUUAAUUGGAUCUUCUGUAAAUUUCUCCUGGAGCUUCUCCAAUGGUACAAAAGGUGUUCGGGGAGUUCUGUUUGGGCUUAUCAAAGAUCACCGAGCACGCCAUUUUAUUCCCAAUGGAAAACUAGUAGCUUUUGGUGAAUCAGGAAGCCCAGCGUCUGUUCCAGUUCCCGUACAAUAUAAUGGGCGAGUAAGCGGAAGCUAUGACGGCAACACGUCAACCGGUCACGCCAUCUUCACACUCAGUUCCAUAGAAAAAGAUGAUGAGAGAUUUUUCGGCUGUCGUGUUUCCCCACAAUACUCUUUCGACGCAGAGGUUUUUGACUCUGUAUACUUAAAUGUUGCAGGUGGGUUAUACUGCUAGCAUAUGUAAACAAUAAACUCUCUGAGACCAGAUUUUUGUCUCCACAAAUUGACUCCAAAAUUGCCGAUACUUUCUUCAUGCUCGUUCAAGACGUAUCAACACAGGCCCGUAGGGAGGGGGUGCGACGAGUGCGCACGCACCCCCCCUACAGGUUCCAGAGGUCCCUUUUUUGUUGAUCAAAGAUUAAAACAAAGUGAAUUUCGACUAUUGUUCUAUUCUAAUUCACUGAUUGUGUACUGUAGUAAAAUUGAAAAUAGUGUGAAAGAGCUCAUAAGCCUGACGGCACCCUUUCAACAAAACGUGUUUUAGCCUUCGUAAACUAUAUAUCAAAAAGGGAAUUUGGUAUACCUACAAGAAACUUACCCCUUUCUAAUGCGUCACUUGCUCCUUCAUUUUGUCCUUAACUGGUAAAGUCUGUUUUGGAGGGUUCGUAGUGUGCAUUUAGCAAAUGUUUCUUUCACUGAGAAGCUACUGAAGCUUACUGAGAGGUCAUGUGGUCUGGUGCUGUACAGUGAUUUCCUGUAGAUUAUUAUCUUUGCUCUAUCAGAAAUUGACCUCUGAUCGCUAGCUGUAGGUUUUAGGAUUUUCCUUUCUUAUUUUUAAAAGCGUCCCAACAACCUUUAGGGUUUGGUUCCAUAGUUUUCUGCAAAGUGUUGGAUCUCAAUUGUUAUUUGAACCGUUUUACAUGGUAUGAGAUUCCCUGCUAUAGUUUUGACAUGCUGGACGCAGCUAUUACUUUCGCUUACUUGCAGGAUAUUGAAGUUCCUAUUAAAGCUUAACCCUACUCUGGUAGUGUUGCAUGCCGAUCAGUCAACUCCAAGGACUUUCAUGUAAAUUACUAUAAUGCGAAUCUUAAGACUGGAGCCGAUGAUGUUAUUAUUCCUCCACUUGGCAGUUAUCGGGCACCCAACGACGAUUUCCUCCUAAAUACGUUGAAAACACUUUUUAGGCUUUCCAGAGUAGUUUUAGAUCUCUAGAAAUACAUUCUAAGCGGUGCUAUAAAACUUGUAACUGUUCGGUCAUCUUAGGGGACUUUGAAUCUUUUCGAAAUUCCAAGGGCUUCAGUAUUAUAUUCCCGAAAAUUUUAGAUGCAAUUUAUCGCUUUAUGAAGGUUAGAAUUUUUCUGAUUCCUAUUUCAAUCACAUUAUUGAAUCCGAAAAUUUUAGGUUUUCUUUUUCUACGAAAAACAGCAUUACUCGGAGAGUGAAAUGUGAAAAAUUAAGCUUCAGAAAAUUGUAGGGAAUUUAAUAGAUAAGUUUCAAAAAUUGUACAUGGAUGGAACGUCAACUAGAAAUUUAUAUCCGUGCCUCAAGCAAUAGGAAAUUCCAGGCAAUAUUUUCUUCUCCGAACAGAUAUUUUACAGAAAACAGUCGUUAGGUACCCCUGAGUUAUUCGGCCGUGACAGUUGCUAGCCAGGGAGAAACAUUACCUUUAACUUUGUUUUCGUUUUUUGGCGAGAGCGGUACAACCGUUUUUGACUGGACUCAUUUAUCGGGCCGUUUCAGGGAUUUGGAAUUCUCGUUUUCGAAUUGCCUGUUAAACAGCCAAUUACAAAGGGUGGAUCUCGGAUCCACUUGUGCUUAAAGGCGAUGAAGGUAUGCAUUGUUCCUUUUUUGAGUUAGCCCUUUGUCUUUGAGCAUGGUUUAAAAUAUCUGCUGUUUUCUGUGGCAAAAAAGUAAUACUAGCGACACAAGAAAAGCUCUCUUCACAUGGCUCUGAUGCACAUACACCGUCUAACAUAAUGACAAAGUUGUCUCUACCAAAGAAAUUCAAUUUUGAAGCGCCAAAAUUUGAGAAAUAUUCAUGUUUUUCAAAACGUUAGUAACACAGUAUCAGACAACCUAGUUUCCCCCUCCCCGCCUAGAAAUUUGCUCCUCCGGUCUCGUUCGGUCGACGUCCGCCUCCUCCUUGGAUUGCAUCUCCCCGUAAUUCCGUAAAAAAACAUGGCUACUGGCCUGCAACGGGCACGGUUUAUCAUUACAACAUUAUCUUUCUGGCCUUUAUUCGAACUUUCCUAGGAAACGAGAUGUUCUAAAAAUGCAAGCCAUUUUUUUCUUUCCGUAUUCGUUUGCCAAAUGGGGUGUCAUUGUUCCAAGCGCUCCUUGCGGAGACCAUGGAAAGUGCGAAUGAGAAUCGCAACCCCUUACGACCCUCUUGCGUCUACACUGAAAACAACAUAAAAUUACUUAAUUCUCUAUGGCAAGACCAGUCAUAAAUUCGGCUCAGCCGGUCGUCUCCGUCAAAAACACUGUUUAAAAUUAUUAACCCAGAUAAGCCCAAAAGGUGUUGUGUGUUUAUAACCGUCGCAGCAUUAGCUCCGUUUAUAGAGCGCAGAGCGGGAGGUCGUGGGUUCAAUUCCCUGGGCCGUACCAAUACUCAGCGACAUGAAAUAUCUGAAAAAUGAAGGUACUUCCCUUGCUCUAGCCUGUACACAGACGUUGUUUUAUAAUUCUUUUCGUUCUUUUCAAAAACAUCGGCGAGCGAAGAGAGCGCGCGAGAACGAGCGCGGAGUCUUGCGUUGGCGGUCAAUAAACCCCUGCGGUUUAUAUUCUAUCACCCGCGCUCGAACGACUAUGAAGAGAAAAUAGAGGGUCUGUGAACAGGCUACCCUUGCUCUGCAAACGGCUAGACUUUCGCGUACCCUCGGAUGAUUACGUAAAAUGGUGGUCACGUCUGCAGAAGGAGACGUAAAAAUAGUGUCCUCAAUUACCUUUUAUCACUUAUUUUCGCGCGACUUUAAUUUCGCGAAUUUGGAAUAGAAGUAUUUCGAGGGAAUUAAAUUUCGCGAUUUUGAAGAAUCACCAGUUUUCAAGGUAAUUAAAUUUCGCGAAUCAAUUACGCUGGUGCUCGUUUUUUAACUGAACUUCCAUUUCCAUAACGGAACUUCCAUAACGGAAUAGAAACUCAACAAGCAACUGGUUGAAAUGUUCAACAAUGUCAGUGACAUGACAUCUUUUAAAAGUACACUGAUAUAAGCAACCGAGGCACUAUUAAACUCGACGGCACUGCCAAUUAGCUUUUAGAUAAGGAUCGCCUCUAUGUUUUGAAAUGGAUCUUCAGGCGAUGAGGUUGUCUUCCGUUGAACAAGUUAGGAUAUACUCGCUUUGCACAAUCCUUUUGCGCAGUGAAUGUGCCGCUUUCCCACACUGCCUCUCAAGUGGUUGUAGAGAAUAUCAUAUUCUAAAAGGCUAAACCAGUGAGCAGCACUUUUGUUAACUUCUUGAGUUGUAAAAUUGUUUUAUUGUCUCCUACGUGUUUCGUGUGACUAGCGCACACUUCAUCAGCGAGUUUUACAAUACAAAUAAGAGUACCUGUAUAGAUACCUAAAAACGAACUGAAUUCUAGGGCCUGUUUACACGGAGGCGAGGGACCCCAGGUAGGUUAGAUAACCCGCUUAGGUGGGGUAAUCCGCCUGUCCAUAUAAUCUCACGGUUUAAUUUGAUCACGUUUACAUGAUAGGUGGGGUGACCCGACAAGGCGGGUAGCCCAGUCUGCCAGACCGGGUUAUCCUCUCAGCCACUUUGACGGUGGCUUUGCAUCGUUGUUAAAGGUAACAAGAGAAAGCCACAGCCCUGAAGGUUGCAGCAAGAGCAGCAAGUAAGCCGGUUGAAGAGCAUUAAUCGCCAAAACACGUGGUUUUCCAGCAUUUUUGUUGUUUACGUGCAUAGCGACCAUUCAAUAAUCUUGAGAAAGUGCAACCCGGGAUGGCGGGGUUGUAAGAUUGCAUGUAAAGGAGGGUUAUGUUUUUACCCCACCUAAGCGGGUUACCUCACCUAUCUGGGGUCCCCCUCCUCCAUGUAAACAGGCCCUUACAUCGAACAAAAAACGCCUACGGAUUUGCGUCUAGGAAACAGGCGGAGAAAUAUUUUGCAAGGCGUGACAUAUUUGUAAUGUUUUGGGGCCUACAGUUUUACCUACGUACUACUAGCAGACAGAAAACUUAAAUAAAGGUUUUUAUAAAGGUCACCAAAUUUCCCGUCUUAAUUUUCGCGGCACCUUUUUUUCGCGGUACUUUAAUUUUGCGAAAUUUUUUAAAUCGCGAAAAUUAAGUCUCACGAAAAUAAGUGAUGAUAAGGUAGUACCUUCGUGCUAAAUACCUCGACACUCAAAUAUAGAACUUUACCUUACAUUCCGGAAGGUUGACUUGGUGAUUUUCAUAUUCUCUUCUAUAUAAUGAAACGCUCGCCUUUUUGGACGUCUAAAUGAAAAAAAAAAAAAAAAAAAAAAAAAUAAUAAUAAUAAUAACCAGAGACCGAUCAUCUGUUUAAAUACUUUUUAUACGUGGUUCACGAAUGACCUGCGCACCUGCGAAUGAACAUCUGGAAACGCACGGUUUAAGGACGGUGCCCACUAUUGUUACUGCGAAAGAAAUGCGCAACACGCAGGACACGCGGACUGGUUUUGUCUCCUGUAAGUCUGAGAGGUUCUAGUUAUAACUUGUGGAAAAGAUGCGUCGUUUUUUAACAGAUGAAAAAUAAUUUCUAUUUACUUUGUCAGUUCUUUGAAAACCAAAGAAGUAUUCGCAUGUUGCUAUUUCUGCCAUAUGAUCGAUCUGACCGAACAUUUCAUAGUCAAACAAAAUUCAAUUCUAAAACAUCAAAAGUUAUUGCUUCAAGAUGUUACGCUUAGAGCUUGGGUAUUAAAAAAUCCCUUAAUAGGCAAGGAUCAGUAGAUCAGAAGACAAAUAGCUCUAAGUCCUCCGCUUAAUCGAGAAACUGCAAGCUUGCCUUUCACUCGCGUCUUUCGCGUUUUAUCGGCUAAACGGCUAUAAACACUUUCCCGAAUAUUUCUUCAAUUUUGUAAGAUUUUAUGUAAUUAGUCACCAGAACAUAGAUUUAAAGCGAUCGAGUUCAUACAGAUGUCCCUUUUUUGAGAGUCCGAUGCUUUUAUUUGUUGCACAAACAAGAAAAAAACCGUGAUCACAAGAUUGCUUGGAUCGCAGCUUCACAAAUAGUUGCGGACCGCAAAGGAAACGCUUUCAUCGUGGAAAAAAAUCGUAAAAAAUUGCUAUGCUUUUUACUAUUAUUUAAGCAUUUUGGCAUUACUAAGCAUUGAAAUUAUUGACUCAUUGGGCAGCUUGUCGAGUAGAUAGUAUUUCUUAAGGUUCAAUUUUACGCCACGCAUAAUCUGGACAUUUAGACACAACUGCCAUUUGGCUGUUCACAAACUAAAGAUGGAAGGUAAAAUAAAGUAUUUCCAUUCUAAGACUUUCUUACGUUUAACAGACACUGUUAAGUCUAAAAUUAACAUUUGGGAACGAAAAAUAGAAAAUGAUCAUGACACAGAACUGUGCUACAGUAAAACAAAUCAAAACGAAAUAUAUAAAAUGAUCAUUAUAGCCCAGUUUAUAUAUGAGGGUAUAUAAAUGCAUUCGGUACAACUACUUUCGCAGUAUUCAGCUUUUUUAAAAGAGAACUUGAGUCUAUGCAAAGCAUUUAAGUCAUAUGACACUUGUGGCAAACCCCCAAGGAGAUAGCGCAAAGCACAGAUAUAUGCUCAUUGAAUGUAUGCAAGUUUAAUAACAUAUUUGAUCGAGGUACCCGGUAAAAUGAUAAAAAACGAUAGAAGGUUUACAGUCCAUAUUACAUCUACGGUGCAAAAAAUCUUGAGGACAUGUACCGGUAAGCAAACGAAUGAAGGAGUACCUGUUUAAGAGUCCCUGUCGACUAUUUUCCACCACAGUACAAUAGUUUGUUUACAGCACCAGCCUCGGAUCUUGAGCUCGCCAUACUACUCCAUGUGCGCUGGAAGUAAUCUUUAAUACCUUCGAGAUUGCUCUUCUCCAAAACUGUUUGUUAAAUUUUUGAGACGGAGAAGCUCCAGUUGAAUGAAAUAGUAUAAUUUGUUUUCCUGAAAUGUCCUUCUUCACUUUCUGUUUUUGCUCUCCUCCGUGGAUUGUUGUUCUCUCUGACUGUUAGCCAUUGUGGAUAUCCCAGAGUACUCCGCGUUGAGUGAGGCAAUAGUAAAACUGACUGGGGAGGGGAUGGGAGAAAUUGUAAAUAACCCCCAAAGCGAUUAAGUUAAGGUCGAAACCAACCAAUUUAACUUCUAAAAACGCGUGGUAACCCCUACUUUUUAUCUUACCAAAUGGAAGUAAUAAGCCUACUCAGCAAACGAUCAAGUUUUGGUUUGGUGAAAAUGUCGUUUACACUAUUUUUAAGGCAAACGCGUGGAGAGGGGUAACUGCUGCUAACUUCCCAGUUGUGCUGGUAUUUCAAAAAAAGACGUAUAAAGAGCAGUUGUUAUGUCAUCAUUUGUUGCUUAUUUUGAGACCUUGUUACAAUUAUCAUUGCAUUUGUGCACGUUCACGUUGACACUCUGAAAUUUGGGUAAAAAAUAACUUUUUAUCAUUUUUCUAAAAAAUGCCUAUUCAGCGUUUUUCUCCAUAUUGAAGCGCAAUUAUCUCGGAAAAAUGCGUGGUCACCUUGGAUUUCAAUAGCCCCUGAUAUGAUCUACUUGUCUCACGUAGUCAUUAUCUGGGAAAAAAAAAACUUCCCAUUAGUGGGCACCGUCCUUAAUGGAUGGAGCCCAGAGGGGCGCACGCGCAGGAUGUAGCGGAACUAUAGACAGUUUAUUGAUUGACAGAAUUGUGACCUUAGAUUGUCAUCGGCGAAAGGGUAACCUGAGUAUGGCGUGGAUUGAAGGCGUACGACUCGGUAGACUAUGGUUGGUUGAAGGAGAUAAUGAUCCUGCAUAGAUUCCCUGUCUGGUUAUCAAGGACGGUAGAGAAGUUAAGCAAGGGCUAGAACACAAGGUUGGUGGCGACUACAAAGAAAGGGCGGGAGACAUCUGAGCCAGUCAGGUUUCUCAAUGGCCUACCCAAGGGUGACGCUCUCUGUCCCAUGCUCUUCAAGGUUUGUUUGAAUCCCAUCACAUGGAAGAUCAGUGCGAGUGAGGGCUAUAAACUAUCUAAGCCCAUCAGUGUAAAGGUAACAGACCUCUUGUAUAUUGAUGAUCUAAAGAUCUUUGCGUCUUCGAAGAGUAAACUAAACCGUGUUAUGGAAUCAACCAAGAGCGCGAUGGAGAAUGUCGGACUUCAGUGGAACCCCAAAAACGGUACAUACCCAUACCCAUGAUGCCUCGGGGCUAAGGAAGGGUAGAUGAGAAAUAUCUGUGUUUCCGACCUUGGAGAAUGUAAUCAUUACAAGUUCUUGGGUAUUUUAGAGACGGUGAGGCAAGAGGAGAGGAUGUCGUUGGAGUGCGCAGCUAAGGAGUUUCUUCGCAAAAUGUCUAUCAUUUGGUCAAAUCCCUUGUCUGAUCACAACCGUGUGACAGCCUCGAACCAAUUUGCAUUACCAGUGUUAGGCUACCUUAUGUGGACACAACAAUGGCCGGUGACAGAGUUCAAAAAGUUAGAUAGAGAAGCUCGCAAGAUAGUUGUUGAGAAUGGUGGGAAACAUCCCAGCCGUUCAACUGCCAUUCUACUGAUACAUGUCAAGAGAGAGGGGAGGUAGAGGUCUGCGCUCGAUCGAGGAGGAGUACAAAGUGAUGAAGAUAAAGGCUGCAGUAAGUUAUAUGGAAACGGUGACUCAGCGAUGGCGAUGGUUCGUGAGUUUGAAGAGAGAGUAGAAGAGUUAGAUCAUAGCUCGUUAGUUAAAGAGGCAGCAAGGUAUGCAGAGGAGAUGGGCCUCCAGUUGGAGCUGGAUUACCCAAACCUAACCUUCAUAAAGCAUGAUAGUGGAAAAGUGACAACAGCAGAGAAACUGAUGGUAGAGAUUUGAAGGUGUUUGGAAUAGAAGACACGGGAAGCGGCGCAGGGACAAAACUGGCAGGGGAAACUAAUCUCCGCGAGAAGUGAAGACGAGAGCCUUAAUUUCGAUGGCUAUUUCUGGUGGCUAAGCGGUUGGAAACAAUGUCCAACACAUACAGUGGCGGGGAUGUUUGAGCUCUACGAACAGUUAUUACCUACAAGGUUGUAUGCCUGCCAGAAAACGCACACGGAUAUGACGGGUGAGGUAACGUGCAGGCUAUGUAAUAAGGCCCCUGAAAGUGUCGCCCAUGUCCUAGCUGGUUGUACUGCCCUUGCACCAGUGCCAGUGCCAGUGCCAAGCCAGUGUACGAGGCGAACAAUGCGCUAUCGUUCUGGGAUGUCCCUCUAUUUGCGGAGCACUAAGAAGUUACAGCCAACAGAGUUGAUGCUCGCAUUGUCAACCACGGGUCAAAGCGAGUCAUAACGCUUGAGAUGAGCUGCCCAUGGCUUACAAACCGGGAGAAAAAGGAGGAGGAGAAAACCAAGUACGGAGCGCUGCGUUGGGAGUUAAAGCAGAAGUACUAAGGAUAUGAAGUGAAACAAUAUAAUAUCAUAAUGGACGUGUCGGAUGGUGCCGAGACUUAGAAGUCAAGCUGAAGGAGAUGGUCGGAAGUAAGAGUAAGGGAGUUCUUUAUAACAUGCAGAAGGCUGUACUCUCGGGAACACUAAACAUCUCUGUAACGUUUAGAGUUACAACAUGAUCAAUGAAUAUCGCUUUCGAAAUUAUUAACUCUCUUCCUUCAACAUCUGUUGGACCCACCUUAAAGUUAUGAACUAAUCGUCAGUGAAUUUUUUACAGCCGAAUAGAAGUAAUAUAUUAAAGAGAAGUUAAAGACUCGUCACGCUGUUUUAAUUGUAUAUGGCAUACAAAAGUUUUAAUUGCUGCAUAACAAUAAAACAAGCAUGAAGAAUACUCAGUCGCCAAAUUUGGAAAAGCAAAACAAAACUGUUGGAAAAGUGAAAUUAACCUGUAUUUAGCGGAGACCUCUAUUAAGCGGACACUAGCGAAGGUCCCUUGGGUUUCCGCCUGAUGCAGGUCUCACUGAACUAUAUAAAGCCCUGUUGAAGUAAAACAAAUAAUACACAUUGGCAAAGGACUUUACAACAGUUUGUCACAACUGUCAAAUAUAAUCCUUUUUAGUGCCAACUGAAACACUUACAACGCUACGAGUUAAUCAGAAGAAAAUUACCAGCUAGAACACAGUGCAAUAAUCUGUCCGUACUGGUAACGUCCAUGGUAAGACUAGUGUUGCCAUGGAUAUUGAUACUGGACUGGUAAUGGCCAUUUUUUAAAACGUCUUUUAUAUUCAUUUACUUUGAAUUUCAGGGACACCAAACAUUACACAUCCAAUGGCAAACGCUGUAAGUGACAACGUGGGAAGGCUAGUUAACAUCAGUUGUAGGGCUACAGGAAAUCCAGACCCAGAUGUAAGGUGGAUCCAUAACGGAAAGGUGAAAAGUUCUGGUGCCAGAACAGCUGAGUUAAUCUUCGGAAAAGUCGGAAAAGAGGAUACAGGAAUGUACAUAUGUGAAGCAAAUAACUCCUUUGGCCGGACAGAAAAACUGCUGUACUUUAAAGUCAACUGUGAGUACUUCCUGCAAUUGAUUACGUUUCAUAGUGUUUUAUUUCUUAUGAUUUAUUGAAUUGACUCUCAUUGAAUUACUCAAAGUUCCAAGGGAAACAGUUUCAGGUGAGAUUUAUCGAGCCACUUGUCAUAAAUUGCUGUUAGUAAAUGUGUUGUAUGAAUGAAAUUAUUAUACAUUCAGUCAAAGGGAGAGUAUAUGGAGAAUUGUGUAGAUCUUGUAGGGUGUAUAUCAUAUUCACCCUCAUCCAAUUAUCGCCAAAAAAUAGCAUUAUCGUCACCAACAGUGAAAGUACCACGAUGAAAAAAACAAAACUCCGUUUACCACAGAAGUUUUGGUAUAGCCUUCCUGCUUCUAAAAGUGUAUGUAAAAGAUGGUCAAUUUGGCGCUUCAUUGACUGGUUAUCGGCCAUGUGACACGUCACGUUACAUGAUCCUAUUUCGUAUGAACAAGUAAAGCUCCGUCUUACACCAUUCUGCCCGCACGCUCAAGAAUUGAUAAAGAAAUUUUAUCGAUGAGACAUUGCCAUUAUAUUUCUCAACCAUUUAAUAUAUAUUUGCCAUUGACUGUACAUAAACUCGAUGGAGACAUCCUCAGUAUGCUGUGCUUUCCUUGCAUUGUUGUUACUUCCGCAUGCAGGUAGGUACUUUCUUCUCUCUUUGUUUUCCUUAUUUACUCAUUGAAUACGCUAGAGGCAGGUGGUAGUUAAAUAAGAAACAGUCAAGAGUACUGAGGGAUUGUUCUGUUAAUAUUUCGACUGUUUCUGUCAGCACGUAGUUAGGUCGGUGCAUUAUUAACAUUAUUAUUCAACAGUUUUCGCUUAUAACGUUGCAUCAUAAAUUUGCAAAACCUGAAUGCCAAACUCCCUGUCAAAACAACAUCGCUCGGUUAAAUCUGCCUAGAACUCUUUACAUGUUCGACAUCAACGUCUCUUUAGCUAAACUUAUUCUGAAGCAGUCCGAGCUUGAUUGAGACCAUUUGGACAAUUAUAUCGAAAGCAAAAUCUUUGUGUACCGCUGAAAGCAAGGUCUCACACUUUCGUUACCCGGAGUAACGCAAUGUAACGAAUAAUAACACUAAAGCGUCUUGAGCGAAAUAGUCAGCUUAGUAUAUUAUCCUCUACUGUAAUUCAUUUUCAGGAGGUAAAGCAUACUACUGCACCUUUAUCAAUGCUAAACUAUGGAAUAUCUUAUAUAAAUCUCUGUUUCUUAAUCUGCAGUGAAUUUAGGAGUUUUAUUCUGUAUAAAUUCCAACUUAAUUUCAACUUUUAAUUAAUAGGUCUUAACAUGUUAAAAUUAAACAAUUAAACUUUGAAAGUCAAUGUUAUCGUCCACUUAAAAACAGCUAAUGCUUAAUAUGUUCUGUACAUAUAGUAGAUCAGACGUUGGUUGUGCAAUUCAAGUCAGCAUACCAAGGGAAAAUUGUGACAGGAGUGAUUGGUCAAUCUGUAACAUUUGAGUGGAAAUUUUCUGGUAGAGUUGAUGAGGUAAUUUGGGCAUUGAAGAGAGAUGGUGUGAAUCUAAUUGAUAAAAGAAAUGGACUUUAAGCAGCUUUAGAUAGACGUGGUAUUGAUUUAGUUUCGCCUGGAUUAGUCCCUGAUGUAUACAGAGGUCGUGUGAAUGGAAAUCGUAUCGGUGACUCAUGAUCUUCGGGUCUGGCCAGCUUCAAGCUCCAUAAUCUUACCAAAGAUCACGCGCGGAUUUAUGGAUGUGAACUAAGUCCUGAUGACCCAAACCAAGCGCCAAUAAUUGACUUAGUCCAAUUACUUCUUGUAGGUAUGUACCUUAAGUGAAGGACUCAGGAUGAGGUUUUUAAACAUUUUCUGUGGUUAAAGGUGAAAACUAGGACUAGUAAAACUAUGAGGAUUCUGACAUCUUUCUUCAACUGAUCGGAAUGCUUGUUUUUACAUUUCGUACUUCGCUUUUAUCGUUUAUCUAUUUAAAUUAUUUGCCAAUUUUUUUUUUUAAAAAAAGACAGAACUGUUUUAAUGAACAUCAAAUCAGUUGUUUCGCUGAGUAUUUUAAAGGUGAUAUGGUUCUUUUCAACCAAAUGUUUUGCUUUAAGUAGGUGGAAUAUGACCGUCCAGGUGGGUAUAGUCCUGAGAAAUACUGUUGUUGUCAGUAACUGACGUUUGCACAAUCAGUGCUGUAGUCAUCUUCAGUAUUAAAGUGUGUUUCAUCAUGUUAGUUGAUGGUAAAAAGUAACCUGUUGGUCAAUUAAGUCGCAUAAAGUUGUUCGUCCGUCAAUGACAUCGCAAAUUAAUUGACCAGUCAGGUCAGUAAUUAUGAUUCAAGCCAUUCAUCGAAUAUUUACCGUUGAAAAACAUCAUGGCAUUACGACACUAGCGGCAAAUUGACUCUCCCUUAUCGUUCCCUUUACUUUUUGUUUUUGAAAUGAAAAAAAGUGAAUUACUGUUAAUCCGCAUAUCUAUUACAAAUCGCUUUUGGCUUUACAGAGGUACCCACCAUCACCUAUCCAACUGUAGAAAAUGCAAGUUACAAUGAAAGGAGUCAUGUGAACAUCACUUGUGCAGAAACAGGAAAACCAGCUCCAGAAGUGAGGUGGGCCCACAAUGGACAUGAAAAACCUUUUGGCCAAAAUACAGCUUAUCUCAUUUUAUUGUAAAACCAAGAAGAGAGAUGCAGGCAUAUACACUUGCUUUGCCAACAACAGUGUAGGACAGAAAGAGAAACAACUGAAACUUUUAGUUAACUGUAAGUCCGACUCAGUUACCGUUAAUCAUGAGGCCACUGUGAAUAACAUCUCUUGCACUACUACUUCAGUGUCACGAGCUAAUAAGCCUGCAGGACAUUACUGAGUAUUUUCCUGCAAAGCUUGAUUGGAGUGCACACUUAUGUAAGCCCUUUACUUUUAUUGAAUUCAUCCUGGGAACUUGUAAUUGACUAGCCUUUGUAACUGAUCACCUGAACCAACGCGGUGGUAGUGACACUUGUUGUACUUCAAGAGUAGGCGUCAUCAAUUCUCGAGUAGACCUCCAUCUGUUUAAAUGACAUCUGCUAAAUAACAAUUGCAUUAUUUAACACUCGCCUUACUCGUUAUUUGAAAUUUUAACCACUAUUCUUGCCCACCCCAAUCGACGUCAAUUCGCCUCAAUCACUGUGACUAUCACGAUUGUACCACAAUGAAUAACUGAAAGAGUCAUUUCCCAAAUAACAGACUUGACAAUAAUUCGCAGUCAAUGUUGCCAGCAUUGGGCGCUGCGGUAAAAAGGAUGAAAGGAAACGACAUUGUUUUUAUGACGAGCAAGCAAGUUUCGCUUUUCCCAGAAUGCAAUAAAUUGAAUGAAAAAAGGCCGGGCUUUCCCGUGACCGUGACAAUCGAGAGAUUAGGAGCCAUAAAUGCACCCAAGAUUGUGACCUCAUAUCUACCAUAAACAUUGACAUGUGAUAUAUGUUUAGAUGCCUGCAGAACCAGUCCAGUCUGUUCAUAUAUCCGAGAACGACUAGUGAAAUAAAUUGGCUCGAUCGAACCAUACUUUCCUACAAAACAUAUUUUUAUUAAUUGAUUGUGUAUUUGAUGUUCAUGGACUCGACGCAGACAUCUGCAGAUAAAUGCUGUAUUUUCCUUGCAUUGUUGUUACUUCCGCAUUCAGGUAUGUGGUGCUUUUCUUUCCUGUUUCUUCAAUUAAACAUCGAAAACGCAAAAAGAAAAAGGUUUUUACGUUAUGUUUAGCUUCUCGUAUUUUACUAAAGUCAACGUUUUCGGAAACAUGCAUUUAGAAAGAAACUAGCAUUAUUCACAAGCGGAUAAGCCUAUAAGCUUGCUGCCAAAAGUGUGUUGGCGUUUUGCCAUCCUUAAUACUUGUAGGUUAAAUUUACCUAAAGCUUUUAAUAUUUUUCAUUCAAUCUAUUUACUGCCUAAACAUAUUGAGACAAUUCGAAUCGGGUACAGAACAAUAAGGAUAGAUAUUUAUAUGGAAACCGGAAAAUGAAAACUGAAACCUUAGUGUACCGCUGAAGGCCGCAAUGCGAUUUGACCCUCUGCCCAAGGGACACAAAGUAACGAAACGUCACUUUAUGGCAAAGAUAGUUUUACCAUUGUUAAGUUUGAUUAAUCGCUUUGCACUUCCCUGAUGAAUCAGAAAUAAAUGAAUAUUCACAUUUUGGUCUGAAUUUAAAGUUAAUUUUAAAAUAAACUUAAUUCUCAACUGAAAGUUUCUUUGGAGCAAAUCUUUUAUAAUCUCUUAAAUAUUAUGUUUUCCUUUUGAUCUUUGAGCGCUAGAAUUGCAAUUCGGAAGCCCCGAGUUCAAUCUGUGUCUUUAAACCCCUGACUGGAUCUUGUGCUCGGUAGAUCCUUAACACUGUUAUGUUUAUUUCACGUAGUUAUUAUUGUCCUUAUUUGUGGGUCUCAAUAAAAAUUACUGGGUCACCAGCAAUUGUUCUAACCCUGUUUUAAACAUGUACAUCUAUCUUUCUAAGAGAAGUUGAUCAGUUCUUGUGUUACAGGUCAGAUGCAGAUAUUAUUCAAGUCUCUAUAUCAACGGAAAACUGUGACAGGAUCGACUGGCCAUUCUGUGACCUUUACUUGGACGUUUUCUGGAGCAGUUGACACAGUAACCUGGGGAAUAAAGGAAGCUGGUGUAAAUGCCAUUGACUAUAAAAAUGGCUUAUUAGUAGUUAUAGAUAAGCGUGGUGUCGUUGAACUCUCAUCUCAAUCAGUCCCUAAUGCAUACAAAAGUCGUGUCAGUGGAAAUCGUACUGGUGACUCUUCUUCUGGUCAGGCCAGCUUCACACUCAGUAAUAUUGCAAAAGAUGAUGAGAGAUUUUAUGGAUGUUCGAUAAAACCUGAUGACCCAAAUCAAGGGCCAAUAGUUGACUUUGUGCAUUUAAUUCUCGUAGGUAUGUACCUUAAUGAAAGGGUUCAGAGAAGAGAAUGCCCAUUUUAAGGUAUUUCCGAUGCAGUUUUUCAGAGGCCAUACCGAUAUUUUUCAAUCGCCUUAAAAGUGGUUUUUUUCUUGUCUGAUCGUUAUAAAAUUUUCACCAGUGAGCGAUUGAAAAAUAUCGGUAUGGCCUCUGAAAAACUAUAUCGAAGCACCUUAAAAGCAUUAUAUUGUCGAGUUUGGUUUAAAAUAGAACUGUAUUUUGCAUUAUUUUCCAAAAUAAAGUAAUCUUUGGAAGCACACUUUGUGUAGGUGACCGAAAUAUUCUUGUUAAAUAACUACCUCGCCUUAAUGGUUUGUUAGUCAUUACUGAUUUGUGAUUGGUGGAGUUCGAUCCAUUUUGUGUUUUUCUGUGGUAGAAGGUUUGUUGAUCGUAAAUAUGAUUGACGGCAGCAAAAAUGCAAUUGUGAAGUUGGCUUUUCAACUCCAGAGUUCCCGUGUUUUUGAAAAGCAGAGUAAAGCUAAUACUUGUUGCAUUUUAACUCAUCGUUGUGCUGCUCAUCCUUACCACGUUUACGCCAGUAACCCCAUAGCAAAAUUCAAACAUAAGAAAACUACACAAGCAGACAAAAGUUUACGUGAAAUAAUAAUAAGCCUUGGAAGUUAUAGACUCCUAGCGAUCCAAAACAAUUUAAACUAAAGGAUCAAAAACCGCAUCAAUUACAGAUAAAAUGAAGUUAUUAAAAAAUGUUUAAUUAAAACAGAUUAUUAGAGAGCCAUAAGCUACUACUUUCAUACCUUAACGAAAUUUUUUGAUCUUAGAGUCGCAAGAAUUGGCUUUAAGUUCAACAAAAUUUUGGAAGAGAUUUACAGGAAUUAAUCGAUCAACCAAUUUUUCUCCUGACUACUUUAUAUGUAUAAUCAUUUCCUUUUUCCCGUUUAUCUGGCGCACAAAUAAAAUAUGGAACCUAUUAUAAAUUUUCAUGGAUCUAGCUAUGAUUUUCAACUGCUUUUUAUGUUGUUGAACCAUUGAAAAAGCUAAUACGUAAACUGCUUCUAACUUUACAGAGGUACCCACCAUCACCUAUCCAACUGCAGAAAAUGCAAGUUAUAAUGAAGGGAGUCAUGUUAACAUCACUUGUGCAGCAACAGGAAAACCAGACCCAGAAGUGAGAUGGAUCCAUAAUGGACAAGUAAAAACCUCUGGCCAGAAUACAACUUAUCUCAGUUUUUGUAAAACUGACAAGAAAGAUGCAGGGAUAUACACAUGUAUCGCUAACAACAGUGCGGGACGAAUAACAAAACAACUAAAACUUGAAGUUAACUGUGAGUGCGUCGUUACAUAAAUUUAUUUGUUCAAAAUAGAACGUGACUGUAUAUUUUAUUUUCUACAGAUUUGAUCUGUUAUCUAUUGAUACAAAAAACUUCUAUUUAUCUUGAAAGCCUUGAAAAUAAUAGUAAUAAAAAUGGUGAUGAUGAUGAUAAUAAUGAUACUAAUAAAACAGUACAGUUGGUCAAGUCUACAAUCCAACCGACCAAGCGAGAGAGCAGGCGAGCUGCACAUGUUCUCGCAGAAAAAACGAUGUGAAAAAAAUACAACAAAAACAACUUCCUAGCACCAGACGAGUCCAGGAUUCCCCGUGAUUCCGAUGAGCUGAUGCAUGAAAGAACCAAAGAACAGUUAAACACGCUGAAACCAAGAACACAACAACGUGGAUGAGAGUGAUGUGUUCCUGGGCAAAGUCAGCAUGAAAACAAUGGCGCCCGGGACUUGGACGGAGUCCUGCAAAACUCAUUUUAUCUGAGAGUGAGAAAACAAAACAGUUCCGAUGACGAAGCGGUCUCCAUUAAGCGGUCCCGCAACAGUACCUAUCCACUCGAAAACGUCCAUACAGUGCAAUAAAUAGUGGGGUAUGUCCUGGGGUAUGGGGUGUGUCCCGGAUGGUAAAGCGAUCAAACAACUGCGAAUUAACCACGUCGGUAAGAGAAAAAAAUCACACCCAGUCAUACAGCUCGAUUUGAGAAGAGUCGUUCCCGUUCAGUGGCCUGUUCUGUUUGCUGAUUACCUUCGAGACCUCAUAGGAGUAUAACCGAUAACCGAGAUUCGAGUUCCGCCAUGGAAGCCCUCCCCGCCACUGACUGUUCCAUUAUCUGUGAGCUUUUCAUCAAUGAUUUGUUUGGUAUUUUGUCAGAUAGUACUGCGACACAUAUGGUUCACUGUUUCAUGUCGCUGCUGGUAUUAUGUAUCUACACUUUUGCGCCCGUUUUCCCGGUUUGCAAUCUUGCAUUAAAACAUUGUUUAAUAACUUAUGGUGUUACUAAAUGACAAACUGUUGAAUACAAUCCGACAAAUACAUGCCUAAUACUUGCAACGACAGUCAUAAAUCAAUACUUAAGAAACUUUCAGAAUAUUCAAUUAUCUCAUUACCUUCAAAUUUGUAAAAUUUACCUAGUCACACAGCCACGCACAUUCGGUUCACAUCCUGAUCAAUUUGAAAUAAAGCGGGUAUGUUUUCUAGUUAUCAUUUCGAAUAACAAUAAUUGUUUACUGCAGCACCGUCGUCAGGUUUCGACCCUACUUCCUUUCGCCAUUCAAAUUAGGAGGUUUGAAUCAUAGUUAAUACAGUGGAAUGGUUAAGAAGCCCGUCAGAAUUCUUUGCCAUGUUUUUGUGGACCUAACAGUGCAAAACAUUCAAUAUCAUUCCUAUCAUUUUGAACUUAUGUAUUGUCACUAAAUUUUACUCUGUGAGAAUUUAUGAACAGAAAACAAAAGAUUGUGCACAGCCGUUGUGCCUCCAACAUAAAGUGCAGCACCUUUCCUUUUAUGUAUGGUGCUUGCUACUGUGAUUAAUGUGCUAUGUGUUUGGGAUAUUUGUUGAGACUGAUUUAAGUUUAAGUAAGCAUGGUGAUGUAACUAAAGAUUAUAUUGAGAAGCCGCUUGUACGUGAAAAAACCGAAAAAUAAACGGGCCGUGAUUUUUGGCUAAUUUAAGUGUGGGCCUUCAAUAGCACUUUACAAGCUAAACAAAAUUUCUGUCUUGAAUACGCAUUAUUCUAGCAUUUUCUAAAUACGGAGGAACGUGUUUUAAUGCCACCUAACUAGUUAAUUUUAUCCACGACUUGCGCCUAACAAUACUCUUGCGAAACGUCCAUUGAAGCCGCUGGCAAUAAACUUUUUUGCCUUGUUAAUAGACCCAGCAACCAUAAACAACAUUACCUCUUCAAUGGCUAACUCAUGGAUUGGUCAGACAGUGACGCUGCUUUGCAAGGCAGAUGGUGUUCCUGUGCCGAUCCUGUACUGGUACAAACCUGAUGGAACUAAGUUGAACGAGGCCAAGGCUUAUGAGAGUACUGCUGUUUUGACAAUGAAUACUGAACAUGAUUUUGGUCGUUAUAACUGCACAGCUGACAAUGGAUUUCCGCUUGCUUCAAAGAUGAUUCAAGUAAAACAAAUAAGUAAGAAAAAUUUUAAUUGUGAUAGUGAGAGGAAUCCUAAAAAUUACCACUGUGCUCGCCACUUAACGAAAAUCUUUUUCAGUUGGUAAAUAUCAACCUCUCGCGCUGUUCACGUUAAAAAAAUAAAAAUAAAUAAUAAACCUGGGGCCAAUUCAAUAAAACUUCGAAAAACUAUAACAAUGAGCAAUGUUAAGAACACUAAUAAAAUACACUCGUAAAAUAUUUAAUGCGCUCAGCAGUAGUCUCUGUGACAGGUUUAAACGAGAACUAGAAUUACUCUCUUUCCUGUUCCAUACUAGAGAAGUGACUGUUUGAGAUGAAUAUUUCGGGUUCUAUCAGGCCUUGGCGACACAUUAAUCAUUGUACAUGAAAUGUCGACCAUUAAUAUUAAUUCAUGCAGCCUGUCUUGUUUUUACUUUGUUAUCAAGGAAAACAGCGAGGUUAGGUAGAGAGACGCUCAAUAACUUUUUCCCUCUAAAAGUAGGAGCUUUUGAAGGGGUGAGCCUAACAGAGUAUUGAAUGCACUUAACAUGCUAAGUUUUUCAUUAUUUUUAUUUACUGUAUUUUUAUUUAGAAGCGCCAAGUCUACCGAACAUCGCAAUAGAUGUGCAAGCAACUUCAAUGACCGUCAAAUGGACAGUCCCAGCUGAUAACGGAGGAAGUCCUAUAACUGCUUACCGAGUAGUACUCUUACAGCGAGACACAGUAGUAGGCGAAAAAAAUGUGACUGACCCUGUUACCAAAACUUGUGUUUUUGCUGGCUUGAGAAAAAGUUCAAUAUACUCUUUGAGGGUCUCUGCCAGGAACUUUGUGUUUGAGGGACCCUUUAGCCAAACGACAAUUCAAACAAAGCCUGAAGGUAAGAGGGUUGUCACCAGAUUCAGCCAGUCAAUAGAUCGUUUUCACUCACGUGACCAGCCGCUAUGUAAAUUUCUUGGAUCAAAGAAUUUUUUAACUACAAAAGCCCCACAAGCAUUUUUCUGCAUACCAUCAUGGGCGCUGUACAUUGCAGUUUUGUACACUAUUAUGGUCGCCGUGACGUCAUGUGAAAACGAUCUAUAUAUGGCAUGGUUCAUUAAAUCGUAUUCAAAAUUUAAAAGGUAAUUAGCUAUACAGACUAAAUAGGAUGUACAUGUAUGAUGCGAAUGUUAAGACUUCAGACACAAGAAAUAUCAGGAAUGAUUAUAUAUAUAUAGCAAAUAAAAAUAUUGCUCUUAUCAAUCUUCUUGGCAUUUCACUGUAAUGUGACUAAGGGCAAUCUCAUGAUUUUUACACGCUAAAAUGUUUUGCUUUUUCCUUCUGUACACUGCUUUGAUGUGUACGUUUUUAUCUACAGUUAGUAUGGUUCGAAAAUCUGCUUGUUCGUGUCCAUCUUUCACAUUGGAUAUAAUUUCGGUUUUUGUUGAAAACUGUACUCUACCGGCUACACGACAUACAGACUUAGCAAUAUAAUUUUGCUUUGUGUUAAGGUGUUCCUGAGGCGGCUUUAAUAAAGGACUUACCAGCUGAGACAAAAGAUGUAACAGUGAAAUUAAUGUGGGAUGAGCCUCAGAACAAUGGUGCGCCUAUCACAAAGUACACUGUAUACCAAAGAAUUGUAAAUAAUAGUAAUGCAACUCGAGAAUGGACUAAAAUACGCAUUAUUACUGACGUCUCAGUUCGUGAGGUUGCUGUCAAGUUGGAGAAAGAUCGUGAAUACGAAUUUUUAGUGACUGCCUCAAACAGAUUUGGCGAGAGUGUAAAAGAAGAGAAAUAUACCAGAAAAAUUGCAGCUGUGGGAGGUAUGUGUAAGUUUGGCUAAAUUCUUCAGUUAAAUGCCAUACAAAUUGUAAGACCUGAUAACAAUGUGACUCUGUUAAAUCCUGGAAAUUAGGAAGCUAAUCCCUUUCCUAUUAUUCAUAGCUUUUUGUUACAACUCAGUGAACGCAAAAAUCUCCAAUGCUUUUAAUCAAGAAAGGGGCGUUAAAGUGACAGUUUCACCAAAUGGGUUUGUAUUGAUGGAACCCCCGUAAGAAUUACCAUGGUCUUGCAGAAAUUUACUGAUAAUACAACUACAGGAAAACUGUCAAAAGAGUGCUUUUUCUCAAAUGCAGUCGAACUCUUAAAAAAAAUGAAAUUCAAACCCUAGAUGAAUGUUAACAAAAAAAAGCGAAAAAAAAAAAAAACAACGCGCCCGCCGUCGUCACUUCUGUGACGUUUUCUCCAUUGAAAGUGCCUAGUGGCUUUCACCUAGAGGCUUUUACCUCUUAUGUACACAGAUGUCCCUGCCUCCGUGCAAAUCACAGACGAAAUAAUUUUAUAUUGGGACGAGCCAGACAGCAACGGAGCAGCCAUCACACGGUAUUCGAUCUACCAAAGACUAGGAAAUGAAUGGAAGUUGAUUGGGGUCAUAAAUGAUAUUUCUACACGCGAAUAUGUCGUUGAAAUCGAGAAGGGCAAGGUGUACGAAUUUGUGGUAACGGCUACCAACAAGUAUGGAGAGAGUUCCUUGGAAGAAAACAUCAAGUGGAUUCAAGCGUUGUCAGGUACGGUUAAAUCAAGGCAGCCUAAACGCAUCCUGUAA